AGUCAGUGCAUUCCGCGGUCCAUCAAGAGUAAAUCAUCACUCAUUCCGCGUACCUUCGCUGAUUCCAACGCGCAACAAUCGCGCGGAUAAUCUAAACCCGGACGUCGAUGUCAGAAUAACUUGGAGAUUUCACAAUUGAGUAAAUAAAUAAAUGAAGUGGUGCCGAUUAUUGGCACAUUACUAAUUCCAUUGUGAGAACAAUUCUGGAUAUUUAUUGUUGAAUAAAAAUAUUGGGGAUGCAGCGCUGGUUGAAGUUGGGAAUAGCAGGGAGCUGUCUCUUCGUAUUCGGCGUAGCAUUUGGUUUCUUCAUUUUUCCAUUGCUACUGAAGAGUCAGGUGAAGGCGCAAGUGACUCUGAGGCCAGGGGCAGAAAUGAGGCAGCUGUGGGAAGCUCCCCCCUUCCCCCUGGACUUCAGAGUUUUUCUCUUCAAUAUCACCAACCCCGAUGAGAUUGAGGCAGGAGCCAAACCAAUAGUCAAUGAAGUUGGCCCAUUUUUCUACCAUGAGUACAAGGAGAAAGUGAACCUGAAGGACGUUGAAAAGGAUGACACUUGUGAGUACAGUAACAAAGUGACCUGGCAUUUUUCACCAGAAAAAACUGGACUUGGGCUGUCUGAGGACACCGUACUAACAUUCCCUCACGUUAUGAUUCUCAGUAUGAUCAUGACAGUCAUGAGGGAGCAGCCAGGAACUAUAAGUUUUGCUAGGAGAGCAGUGGACAGUAUUUUUCAUAAACCCGAGUCAAUAUUUAUUAGAGCCACUGUGAAGCAAAUUCUCUGGACAGGGCUAAACAUUGAUUGCACAGUCGAAGACUUUCAGGGGAAAUCAACCUGUGUGCUCCUGGCUGAGAAGGAAGAAUCCUUCAUUAAAGAUGGCCCUGGAAAAUAUAGAUUUGCUCUUCUCGGUGCUAAAAACGGGACUGUAUCAUCUGAGAGAAUAAAAGUGAAGCGCGGUCUUCAGAACUACCGACAAGUGGGCGAAAUGGCGGAGUUCAAGGGCCAAAAAGUACAGGAGAUCUGGGGGGAAGAGGGAUCUUGCAAUAAUCUUACUGGAACGGAUUCCACUAUUUUUCAUCCCCUGCUCUUUGAAGAUGAGGAUAUGGUCUCUUUCAGUCCUGAUCUGUGUAUCACUUUGCCCGCUCACUAUGUAAAAUCAUCCAACGUCAAAGGCGUUCCCACAAAUCAUUACGAAGCUGAUUAUGGUGAUAUGAGCACAGAUGAAAACUUGAAAUGUUUGUGUCCUGCUCCGAAUAAAUGUCUCAAGAAAGGAGUCGUUGAUCUAUUCCCCUGUGUUGGGGUACCUAUGGUUGCCAGUCUUCCUCAUUUCUAUCGCACUGACGAUUCCUAUUUAGCUCAGGUCGAUGGUCUUCAUCCAGAUAAGGAAGAACAUCAAAUUAUCAUACACUUGGAGCCCCUGACAGGAUCCCCUGUGGAAGCACGAAAGCGCUUACAAUUCAGCAUGUUCAUUCGUCCACUGGAAAAGUUUCCAUUGAUGAAAACUUUUCCACAAGCACUUCUUCCAUUAUUUUGGGUGGAAGAGGGUGUCCUGUUGGAGGAUAAAUACACAGACCAGCUUAAGGCUGCCUACACACUCAUCUUUAUCGUCAGUAUUGUCCAGUGGGUGACGAUAAUCGGAGGUCUUGUAUUAAUUGCCACGGCUGUGUGGCUGAGGUACAGAGGCAAUGAGAGAUCCAAAAAAAUUGAUAUUACGACAAUAUCCCCCCAAUUUACUUCAACUGCCCUAAAUAGUAUGGAGAACAAACGGUCGCCCGACGUUACGACACACAAUGCAUCUGUUGAGACAAAUUACGAAGUUAUAAUCCUACUGACAAUGCAACUCUGGCUCAAGUUAGGAAUAGCUGGGGGGAGUCUUUUCAUGUUCGGUACCCUCAUUGGAUUCGCCAUUUUCCCACCGUUCCUAAAGAGUCAACUGAAGAAGCAAGUGACGUUAAAACCAGGAGGAGAGGUCAGGCAGAUGUGGGAGGUUGUACCAUUUGGUAUAGAUUUCCGAAUUUUCCUAUUCAAUGUCACCAAUCCUGAUGAAAUCAAGGCAGGAGCCAAGCCGAUAGUCAAUGAAGUUGGCCCAUUUUUCUAUGAGGAAUACAAGGAAAAGGUGGAGAUAGUGGAUAAUGAAGAAGAAGACACAGCUGAGUACUGCAACAAAGUGACAUGGAAAUUUAUUCCUCACAAAUGUGGGCCAGGACUCUCCGAAGAUACUGUGAUAACGUUUCCCCACGUGAUGAUCCUCUCCUUGGCCAUGUCUGUCCUCAGGGAGAAGCCAGGAAUGAUUGGUUUUGCUGCGAAGGCAGUGGAUAGUAUUUUUAAGAAGCCAGAUUCAAUAUUCUUCAAAGCUACGGUGAGGGAAUUCCUCUGGACAGGAUUGCCAGUCGAUUGCACAGUUCAGGACCUGCAGGGCAAAGCAAUUUGCUCACUUCUUGCUGAGAAUGAAGGAGCAUUCAUCAAGGAAGGUCCGCAGAAAUAUAGAUUCGCUCUUUUAGGUGCUAAAAAUGGCACAGUCGUUCCUGAUAGAAUAAAAGUUAAACGAGGUCUCAACAAUUACCUGGAAGUGGGGGAGGUAGUGGAAGUCAAGGGAGAGAAAAAGCAAAACGUGUGGGCUGAGGAUGGGCCCUGCAAUGAUUAUCAUGGAACAGAUACCACCAUUUUUCAUGCCCUUCUCUUCGAAGACGAGGAUGUUGUUUCAUUUGCGACGGAUUUGUGUAUCAGUCUGCCAGCUUACUACGUAAAACCCUCCAGUUACAAAGGUGUCCCUACGAAUCUGUACACCGCGGAUUUAGGUGACAUGAAUACAGACAAAGACUUGAAGUGCUUAUGUCCAGCCCCUGAUAAAUGUAUGAAGAAAGGCUACAUUGACCUUUAUCCCUGCGUCGGUGCACCUCUGAUUGCCAGCCUUCCUCAUUUCUAUCUCGGUGAUCCGUUUUACCUCAGCCAGGUCGAUGGUCUCAAGCCAAAUAAGGAUGAUCAUGAGAUUUUCAUGAACUUCGUGGCAUUGGCGGGUGCCCCUAUAGAAGCGAGAAAACGCUUGCAGUUCAAUAUCUUCAUCCAUGCAGUCGACAAGUUCAAAUUGAUGAAGACUUUCCCAGAUGCAUUACUUCCAUUAUUCUGGGUGGAGGAAGGUGUUGCAUUGGACGAUGAAUAUUUAGCUCCCCUUAAGAUGCUGUUCAAGAUGAUGUCCAUCCUUAAUAUUAUGAAGUGGCUAAUGAUGGCCCUGGGUCUUGCAUUGGCUGGUACCUCUGGUUUCUUGAAGUACAAAGAUAUGCAGUCAUCCCAGAAGCUCACAAUUACGAAGGUAUCCCCUAAAUUGAGCGCAUAUGGAACGACUCCAAGUAGCACCGAUAAAAAGUGGCCACUAAAUGUGAAUACCUUGCAAUCACAAACUGUCCCUACUCUGGACAAUUAGUGUUAGACAUCAGUAGAAAAAUCAGUGAAGUUGUGUAAAUUAAUAAUUCAAAUAUUCAAUAGAAAACAUUUUGUUGGAAAUUUUGUGGAAUUUAAGGAAAACUCAUAUUGUAACUUGAAUGACUGCUAUUCCUACCAUAAUAACUAUUUUAGUACUCAUGUUUUAUUACAAUAAGGUUCAUAUUUUCCUUUAGCCAAAAUGGUAAAACAUUAAUGGCAGAGAAAUACUUCAAGUGAUUUCAGAACUCAUUUCUUUGGUAUUACCUAGUUACCCUCAUCUCUUCAACAAGUAUACAAUUUAUUAGCGUAGAAUUCGUUUCGUAGCGUGUGAUAUUAUAUGCGUAGCAAUUCCCAAAUUCUGAAUUUUUUUAUGAGCACAGAUAUACUCCUAAAAAAAUUCUUGUCUCCUGAGUGUGUCGAUUCUCCCUUCAAUCGCUUGUUCAUUUAAUUAUGCUCAUUAAUUCCAUGAGAUUUGAACAGUCGGUAACACCACCAUAAAAUUGAAUUAAACAAAUUACACAAAUACUUAUGUAUAAUACUUAAAUAUUAAUCGAUAAUGUUAAUUAGUGCAGGAAAGGACAAUAAUCAGUUCCGAGAGAUUGUUCUUCAAUACUGAAAAUGUUUAUCUCGAAGUUUAUCAAUGAAUUUAUAUACACCAUUGUUACAUCUAUGUUAACAUAAUUAAUAAUGCUAAAUUCUAAAUGCAUUGAACGUAAAAAUCGAAAAUGAUUCAGUAGAUAUACAUGUUCGCUGAAUCAAUCACUAACAUCAAUGAAAUGAUGAAUAAAAAAUUUAAAAAAUC